AUGUCGAGCAACGGAAGCCGCGAAAACCUCGCGGUGUCAGCGUUUGACCUCGAGCCUAAUCCUUUUGAGCAAAGUUUUGCUUCGACCAAGGAUGGGAAAAAAGUUAUCCGGCCUGCAAGCGCGGCGGCUCCGGCGGCGAACCGCGAGAUGGGCGCUGCGGCUACGGCUGCGGGCCCACUCGCCACGGGUAGCCUUGCCGGGGGCAACCUUGCCCCGAGCAAUCUCGGCGCAAGCUCUUCGCUCGCGCAGCCGGUACCACUCAACUCGCUCGCUCAAGACAAAACGGCGCUGAACAACGUUCCGGCGCCGGCCCAAAACACGAGCGGUGUGACGGCUUCACUUCAGCAUGCUGGUCUCAUGCGAACAUCCUCGAUACAGUCGCCUCAUGGCUUGACUCCAGGCGGGUCGAGGAAGCUGCCGCCGUUACUCGUCUCUCCUCGGCUUGCUCCCGACGCCCCUAAUCUUGCCGCGGCCGCGGGGGCCAGCGCGGCAGGCCCUAACGUGCCCCAUUCGACUUCACAUGGCGUUUUCCAAGGUCCGCAUUUGUUACACUCAAAUAACACGUCGCUUCUGCCCAACGCGGGCAACGGCACUACGACUCCAAGUUUUUUCCUAAAUCUCACGAAAUCAGGUUUAUCGCCCAAUGAAUCCAGUAUUCGGACGGGGCUUACACCUGCCAUAUUGACACAUAGCACGCUGGCCCCAGAUCAACAUCCAACGGGUCCACCCGUUACUCUACCCGCCGCUAUUGGCGAGGGCCAGUUCACUCCUGGAUUCUCGUCACUAUUGGGCUUAUCCUUGGGGGAAAAAAGCUUUUCGGAUCAGGCGCCCUCAAUCGAGUCGGGUACAAUCCAGGAUCCGCUCCAGGCUGGUUUACCGAUAGGGUUACCUGACUCUGUUCCCACCACCGUGACUAAUUCCAGUCUGAAUUCAAGUAAAACUUCUGUCUCGACGACUGCCGCUAAUUCUAAUUCGUCUUCUACACCAUCUAAUGCAGGAGAUAGUUCUCGUAAUUCUUCUAAUGAAAAGAAGCAAAUGCCAUUGGAACCUCCUGCCAAAAAACAGAAAAGCGUCGGACCCAAAUCGACUCCCAGCAUGGAAUCGCAACAAGACAGUGUUAGUGAAAACUCUCAUCAUGACCAGGAAAGAAAACGUCAGGAAUUUCUGGAGCGGAACAGGGUUGCGGCCUCCAAAUUUAGAAAGCGGAAGAAAGAAUACAUCAAGAAAAUAGAGGCCGAUUUACAAUUCUACGAGGCCGAGUAUGAUGAUUUCAGCCAGUGCAUGGACAAAUUGUGUGGUAUUUCUAAGCAGACUACCAACUCUUCAUUAGUUGGCCAUCUAAAGCAAGCUUUACUUCGUCAAGACCUCCCGACAGCCUUGACAUUAUGCACUGGGAUAGAACAAGUGUUACUUCAAUCGAGAUAUGUUCAAAGGUGUGGUAAGAAUCCACGUCGCGAGGAAGAUGAAAAUCGCAGGAGGAAAAGUUUGAAAGACGAGUCGUAUGCCAAUUCGGAAUUACGAUUGAGUCACGAUCAGAGUUUUUCCUCUGGGGUCCGCUCAAUGUCAGUGGACUCUAAGGAAGGACUACCACUGCAACAGGCUCAGAAUCACACCAAAAAUGUGAUGGACAAAGCAACUGGUACAAUUAGCAAUUUGCCGCUGGUGAUAAAUGGCAAUACUCUUUUGAGUCUCGAUGAUAUCCAACGGGCUCAACAAAAAGAAUCUCUUGCACCAAGACAUGGUUCAUUAUCCAAUCUCCAACAGCAUGAUUCCAUCGGAAAGUCUCCGGCUUUGCCCCAAUAUCCGAACUCCAACUAA